AUGAGUACAUCUAUUUGGCACGGAAGUUUAUCAAUUCAUCAAAUUUAUCUAGCGCUAGUGGAAAAUCCUCCGAAUUGUCCGAAUUGUGUACGUAAUAUUCGGCCAAUCAGAAUCAAUCCUGAGUUAACCAAGUUUGUGGCUAAAAUUGUGGAAUUAAAGCAGGCUGUGAAAGAAAAUGUAGAGAACGCGAAGUUAAAAGAUGCUGAAUCCAAUGCCAGAAUCGUGGAAUUAGAACA